UAGAAGUAAGAGUAUAGGAAAAAAAGUAACCAACAAAAAUUAAUGUGAAACAAGAAUCUAUGGUUCUCCUAGGCCCUAGCUUCUUGCAUUACAAAGAAAAAGAUGAACAUUUUACGAGUCCAUCACCAAUCCACAAUUGGCAACACUUGGUAGAAGUAGCAUGGCCUUAUCUUCUAUAACUUUCUCAAAAUCCUUUCCUGCAAAUGAUUCAAUCAGAUUACAUCCCAUUUCUCUUCCUUAUCAAUCUUCAAAUCUUCAAUGCCCAAUCAAACCCACAUUCCAAAACCACUCAAAUAAGCUUCUUUUCAGUGAUAUUUGCAGUAGAAGUAGUACCAAAACUAAAGUUUCUUUCUUUCCUGCUUUCUUCACAAAAACCCAAGAUGCUAAAGCUUUAAAAUUGGAGCUUCUUGAAGCUAUUGAACCCCUUGAUAGAGGAGCUGAUGCUUCCCCUGAAGAUCAGCAAAGAAUUGAUCAGCUUGUCCGUAAAUUGGAAGCUGUAAAUCCAACCAAAAAUCCCCUGAAGUCUGGUUUAUUGGAUGGGAAAUGGGAGCUCAUUUACACUACCUCAAAAUCAAUCUUGCAAACUCAGAGACCUAAAUUCUUAAGAUCCCGAGUCAACUACCAAGCGAUAAAUGUGGACACACUUCGGGCCCAAAAUAUGGAGACUUGGCCGUUUUUUAACCAGGUUACAGCGGAUCUCACUCCGGUAAAUUCAAGAAAAGUAGCUGUCAAGUUUGAUUAUUUCAAAAUCGGAGGACUGAUACCCGUGAAGGCACCAGAUACCGCGCGCGGUUCAUUGGAAAUCACUUACUUAGAUGAAGAUUUACGGGUCUCAAGAGGUGACAAAGGAAACCUGUUUAUCCUGAAAAUCGUUGAUCGGUCAUACAAAGUUCCGACUUAGUGACCAUAUCUAUGAAUAUAACGGCUCUUACGUCUCUAGCUGUGUGAUCCAAACGAAUUCUCCGUUAGUACUUCCAUCGGCGCACUUUCAAGAUGCCAAUGAUCUAGCUAAGUAGAGUAUACAAGUUUUACCGAUAUAAAAUUGUAAAAUUCUCUUCCGUAGAUUUGUAUCAUACAAAAUGUGAGUUGUAUACACUGAAAUAAAACUUGUAUAGAUAUUGGUCGGAGUAUAAUAUUUACCUA